AGGGUAUUGUGGGCAUUGUGAAGAACUAACACAGCUCCUUCUGGUUUUCUUAAUAAGUCACCCUUUCAAAUACCGAGAAGACUCGACCCAACCAGUUCUGAUCAAGAGCUAUCCACGCACAAAGCGGAUGGUUUUGCAAACGGAUCUGAUACAAGCAAAUCGUACACAGCGUUAACUAGAUUUUUUUUAAUUGAAUUAUUGUGCACCCGUUUUGACUUACCAAACAACCAGGCUAGAACAACAGAGGGCUGCUAAUGAAUGUAUCCGAGGUUGUGUAAUACUCAGACACACACAGUACAGUGGGCAGCUGGUAUUGCAUGCGUCUGCUGCGUGUGAUUCGGUACACAAAGCGAAUACAACAGCGUGUUUCUACCUCAUUCACAUUUCCCAACUACUAUUUAAAUAAUUUCAGUGUUUCACAUUUUAUAGGAAUACGAUAUUAUCAGGUAGUGAUCAGAUUUUCGGACGAUUGUUCACUUUUAUUAUUUAAAAAAAGAAGAAAGGGCUUUAUGAUUUGAUCUCCGACUAUUGAUUCCAGCUUUAUUUAGGCACUCUCUGUUAUCAGCCAACCCGGCAGACAGUACAGGCAGAGACCGAGGGAGACUAGUGGGGCGAAAGCCGAAAGGAAAGCAUAGCUGAACAUCAGUUCUCUGAAAACGUCCACCGAAAUACAUCUUACAUUUUUAUUGCUCGUCCUAAAUGCAUCUGGCAAGAUUCAUGAACACCCGAGUUCCUGCCAAUAAGAGAUACCAGCCAACGGACUAUGAGCAUGCGGCAAACUGCGCGACCCACGCGCUCUGGAUAAUUCCCAGCAUCCUUGGCAGCUCCAUCUUAUACUUCCUGUCUGAUGACCAAUGGGAGACGAUCUCCGCGUGGAUCUAUGGUUUGGGAUUAUGUGGUCUUUUCAUUGUCUCGACCGUGUUUCACACAAUCUCCUGGAAGAAAAGCCACCUCAGAGGGGUGGAGCACUGCUUCCACAUGUGCGACAGGAUGGUGAUCUACUUCUUUAUAGCUGCAUCUUACGCCCCCUGGCUGAAUCUACGGGAGCUGGGACCCUGGGCUUCGCACAUGCGCUGGAUCAUCUGGAUAAUGGCUUGUGUAGGAACAGCUUAUGUUUUUUUCUUCCACGAACGGUACAAGAUCGUAGAGUUAAUAUGCUACGUGGUCAUGGGUGUCUUUCCUGCCCUUGUAAUACUCUCUAUGGCGGAGAGAGACGGCUUGUUUGAGCUGGUCCUAGGGGGCAUGUUCUAUUGCCUGGGUACGGUGUUUUUCAAGAGUGACGGCCGCAUCCCCUUCGCCCACGCCAUCUGGCACCUCUUCGUGGCGACUGGAGCCGGGAUCCAUUACUACGCCAUCUGGAAGUACCUGUACACACCGGCCAGCGGUGAAGUGAAGACCUUGAGAUAGCAGCAGUAUGACUUCGUGGCACACAGGGAUUGUCAUACCCUCCGCGUGUUGAGCGAGGUUCCUUUCCAUUCAGAUCUCAUCACAGUGUUUUUAAAGAUUUUUCUAUCGGACAACGACUUUCCUAACUGGGUUCCCUGCAAAAAAUAAAUCAAUACACUGCACACAGGUGUCUGUUCAUUAGACACACGCGUUACCUCUUCUAAACUGAACUGAGCUCCGUAAAUCUUGAUUCCAGUCUGGUACACAGAUAGCUUGUAAGGGUUCUUAAGCUUAUUGGUAGUGGACUCCCCCUUGUGGCAGUCAUAGGUAUCACUGCUCUCCUCAAGUGCUAGGAGUACAACCACAAGAAGCCUUUUUAAAUGUUGAACUCCACUCUGGAUGAAUGCUUGGUCUGAACUCAAAGUACAUGAAGCUAAUGUUGGCUAUGGGAACAAACAAAAGCAGACAAAAAAGGAAUACUGUCUGCAAGAGUGGGUGAUAUUCACCGGGACUUAUUCAGAGUAUAUAUUGUUGUUUUUUUUCUAAUUUGACCCUGUAUACAAUGUAUAGCUGUGUGCUCAAUAAGAAAGUAUAUGUUAUCCUUUCCUUAUGCCCAGUUUAAUAUGGACCAGUAUGUCAGACACCUUCAAGUUUAUUCUGGUAAUUAAAAUCUACCAAAACUAUAGGGUACGUUUUUUAUCCGUGAGAAAUAUAUUUCAGUUUUUAUAGUAUUUCUUGUCAAACAGGUAAAACCAGUCGCGAAGAGUUUCGUUUUCCUGUUUUGACUAGCUUGAUGGGUUUCGUAUGGAUGGUGUCAAUGAAAAACAUAACCUUUUCUCCAUGCUAACUGAAAGAAGUUUCAAUUCUGUGUCCCUGCACCUUUGGAGAAGGGUUGAUGUGUCUGAGAAUAAAAGAACAUAUCUUUGUACUGUAAACAACAAACAUGGUGCUGCUCCAGAGACACUGACGUGUUCUUGUGUUAAAAGAUAGUGUUUUUGUAUCAGAAGGCAGGUACAGUAUGGUUAUCUCUUUUCUGUUAGUAUUCAGUUACGUUUGCAGUAACUGCUGACAAUAAUGCAAUUGGCUAUUCUCUGAACGUUUUGCACUUGGUUAUAAAAUCUCCAAAAAUGGGAGAUCCCCUUAUAAAAGCUUACCACAGUAUUUUUACACAGUACUUUUUUGCAGUUUUACAAUGCAUCUCCAAUGGUUUUUACUGUGCAUUUACCAUAAUUAACCCUGGGUUGCCAGGUUUAUUAAUAUGCUUUACCAUAGCUGGCUGGUCUUUACAAUGCUUGCCUAUGCUUUACCAUGCUUUCAAUAUGUUUUAUUUACUCUUUGCAAUAGGCGCGUUAAGUAAGUGAGCCGCUCAGAGUGAGAACGCUCAGAAAGCACACUGAGAAGAUUUAAAUGAUUUAACGCUCUGCUCCACGAGAGCGCUGAGCGACUUUUAAAAACGGCGAAUAAUAAUUAUUUGCUUGUUUGUGUUUCUGAGGUGAUGGAAGAUAAAAUGGCCCCGUGUGAAAUUACUGUCCCCUGCUGUACCUCGCUGAGUUCGGCGCUCUGCUUGGACUGAACCUCAUAUCUGACUGUGUUUAAUACCGACAAUAACGACGUUAAUAAUGAAAAUUAUGAAUAAUAUUAAUACUACAAGCCUAAUAAUAAUACAUUAAUAACUAUAAAACAGCUCUACAUUAAAAAAAAAAAGAAAUUAAAUGAUACAAAUUCAAAACCAACAAUUUUUACCAUCUUAUUUAGCCAAUUUAAUACAUAACUUCAUAAAUCGAAACCAGUUCAUCGUUCUUGACAAACGUAUUUGUCAAUCCUGCCUGUGAUCUCCACUUGUUUCCUGCAGGUGGCCAUUCUGUCCGCUCACUCUGAUCCCUGAUGAAAAAUGCUCGGGAGCGGAACUCAUCGAGUCGUUAAGUUGAUUCUUUUACUGAGCCGCUCUGAGCCGCUCACUUACUUAACGCACCCAAUGCCUUUACUGUUGUAAACUUUUACAAGGGCAGACGGGGCAGUGUAAGAGAAGUCAAAUCCUAGAAAAACUUGAAUCCAUUCCAAACCUUUCUAGGUCAUCGGAAUAUUAAAAGUACACCUGUACCGUGCUGCUCAUAUGUGGUGUCACUUGACCCAGUUGCUAUAGAACUAGGUUACAGUAUUAACAUAUGUUGCCAAAUCCUGUGCACAAGGUGGCUUGUUUGUCAGCAGCUGGAACUGAUGUGUGUGUGUGUGUGUGUGUGUCUGUGUCUCUGUUACUGUUUUCAUUAAAAAAAAAAUUGUCAUUUCACCCCGAGAGUAUUACAGUGAUUUAAACCACUGACACAAAGCAACAACAACGAAAGAAAACGAACCGAACUGAAGAUUUAACAUUUAGUUACAGCAUGGCCUUUGCCAGCAGUUCUUCUUAAAACCAGACUUGCCUCUGAGGGAAUGAAGCGUUUCCUUUCACAGUUCAGGAUUGCACUCUGUUACUCACUGCUACAAAUGACAGACAGGUCUUAUUGGAACAGGGCUAUUUGUUUUUUGGCUGGUAAACAAGAGCGUGGGACAUAGGUGUGUUGUACCGAUAUGUACUUUUGUUACAAACUGUGCCUUAUAUGAAAUCAUAUGAACGUUGCCCCCCUUUUUUACAUGUAUGUAGGUUUGUUUUGUUUGAAGCUUAUAUCACAUGUACAUGUGCUUCUUAUAUGUGAGAGACACACAGUGGGUCUAUUCCAGGCAGGCUUGCUCACCCCUGAUGUUGUACACGCUCUUCAUUUUUGUUCUUUUUUACAUGCUACGUGUUAAUAUCAUAUUUGAUAAACGUCUGUAUGUUUUACAGAAACAAUCAUUUGAUCAAAUGGCUUCUUUUCAUUUUCAGAUGGGGGCGUUUAUUGAUUUUGCACAAUUGUGGGCAUUGUGGGUUGUAUUGUAAAUUACCCUUUUCAAUGCAAAUGCAUUCCACACAUGUCCCAUUGCUGUGUAUUAUUCUAAUAGUUUUAAAUAAAUAAUAAGCCUUUAUAUCACUAGCCUCAGUUCUUAUAUUGACAUUUUCAAUUCCAGAUCCUAUGUGUGAUCCAUCCUAAUUGUAACCAUUCACUCUGCAGUUCUUUCUGAGUUCUGAAGUAAAUGGACAUUAACUGUCCAUGCCAUGAUAUACAGGUACUAUGGCACAGAACCUUGACCCCUCUGAUCACCUGAUUUCAAUCAUUGGCAUAAAACCUUGGAGGAUAAACCUGGCUUUCAGGCAAGGCAAUCUCAGUGUAUGCACAUCAACGUGACCAAUGCUGAAAACAGUACUGGAAUUUCAUGCACCACAAUGGGAAAUGAAUACUAAUACAUAGCCCUCCAUGGGAUGUUCCUCUGAUGUAGAGUUGCUUCUUUCACUCAUAGUAUUAUACGUUGAGCAAUCUGUUUUAAAGUUCUAACCAAAUACUGUAUAAUUUUUAGCACUUGUAUACCUAUAAAUUAAGAAUUGUCUUAAAAAACAGGGGCUUGGUAGAAUCAGGAGCUCUAGUGACUUUGUAUCAGCAGUGAAAUUACCAGAUCACAGUAGGUUAUUGAUCCAUUUAUAAAACAUCUAAUUACGUCUAAUUAGAUGUUUUUUUCAGGUUGUUCACAAGGAAUAAUAACUGUUUAGUACAAUAAAAUCUGAAAGACAAUGUCAUGUUAUUAAAGUAAUUAUAAGAUUUCUUAUAAAUGCCUUGGUUCCACGUCCUUAUAACUCUGCUAAUGUGUGUUAUUAUUAAUAACUGCAUCCUUUAUAACACAGUCGUGGAUGCAUUAGUGGUAGUUUAUAACCAAUCCUUAAAGACAAGUCUUACCAGUUUUGCAUUAUAAGCACCGUCGCAUCCUGAAUACCUUCUUCAUAUAGUCACACUGCCUAUAACUUUUUGAAUGGUUUUCUUUUUCUACACAUAACAUGUUUGUAUGUGGAUGGAGUUUAUAAAAUGUAUUUGUCUGUAUUCUCAUGUCAUGUGGAUCAAACCGCUGUCAUAACUCCUGGCUGCUGUUGUCUUUUACUUGAACGUCAAACUGUAGAGGUUUGUGAAUAUUUUCCCCAUGGUUUUAAAGACAAUGAUUGUAUUGUCUGGGUUUUUUUUUCUUCCUUUUUGUGAUGCCUGUAUUUUAUGUUUAAUAAUAACUUUUUUGUAGUAAUGAUCAUUUCUUGUGGGUUCUUUUCUGUUUAUAUGCAGUAUGUGCUAUUACCUCAGUAGAAGUUUACUCGCACAGCAGAAUCACAGUUUCUGAGAUACAGCACUGCCCCUAAUUGUGCUACCAUUGUAUUGCCAUUGCCCUGCUUUCAGUGCAUCUCU